GGAGAAGCGCGGCACAGCCAAUCAGGAGGCUGGGUUGCAACUUGUAGAACGUGGAGGGUUCGAGCGUUCCUUCCGGUCCAGCUGCAAAGCUGGGACAAUGUUUUACCACAUUUCUCUGGAACACGAAAUCCUGCUACAUCCACGUUACUUUGGGCCAAAUCUCCUCAACACGGUGAAGCAAAAGCUGUUCACUGAAGUGGAAGGGACCUGCACCGGCAAGUAUGGCUUUGUAAUCGCGGUGACCACCAUUGACAACAUCGGCGCAGGUGUGAUUCAGCCCGGGCGUGGCUUUGUCCUUUACCCUGUCAAAUACAAAGCCAUUGUCUUCAGACCAUUCAAGGGGGAGGUGGUGGACGCCGUCGUAACCCAGGUGAACAAGGUUGGGCUCUUCACCGAAAUUGGACCCAUGUCUUGCUUCAUUUCCCGGCAUUCCAUUCCUUCCGAGAUGGAGUUUGACCCCAACUCGAACCCACCGUGCUACAAGACCGUGGAUGAGGAUAUUGUGAUCCAGCAAGAUGACGAAAUCCGGCUGAAGAUUGUGGGGACGCGAGUGGACAAGAAUGACAUCUUUGCCAUCGGCUCCCUCAUGGAUGACUACCUCGGUCUGGUCAGCUGAAGGACGUUGUUCCCCGAAAUUCCCCCGGCUGGAGGUGAGCUUUGGCUCUCCGUAAACAAACCCUGUUUGGGAUUUUAUUUCAGCUGUAUUUACAGCAUCCGUGGGGCCCAGAAAUGUGUGGCUCCUCCUUCAUUAAAAUGUUCUUCUUGCGUUCUCUCCUUUGCACCGCUGGGACCUUGCGCUUGGUUACGAGUUGUUUAUAUCCCCGCCUUUCCUUGUGUGAACACGUGUGAAACUUAAUAAAAACAUAGUAAGUGAGCGUCAAAAUCCAGUAAGUUACGUUUGAUGGUGUUAAAAAGAAAAGUCAAUAAAGCAGCCGUUUGAGGAAACAA